GUGCCGUCAGAUCGAGUCCAGACUAGACGCAGAGCGGACGUGCUUCUCCUGCAGAGAGAGGAAACCGACACCCACCGACUACACCGUGCCUGAAGCCGCGUCGCGCCUUUCUUCCUCCCCGAACCAACCAAACUCUGAAUUCACAUUAAAUAUGUCUAAUAUCGUUUGUUGUCAAACGCCUCAGGUUAUAAUGUAUGACAAACACAGAAUAAGUACAACUCUAUAGCCAACGGGAUCCUGAGGACUUGAUUACAGUCGCUUCAAGCCUGAUAGUUUGUCCUUGCGGCUGCUCCCCCUCUCCCUUCUGCUCAAGCCGGGUUUGGUCAACUGGCAUUUCUUCUAACAACUUCCCCAUCCCUCUCCUCGGGCGAAGAAGACUUGGAAAUCUUCUGUGAUCUCGGUCUGCUUUGCCUGUUGCCUACGUUUAAGUUCCUGUUCUACUCAUCAGUGGCACUUCCCUGGAUUUACAUUAUACUCCCAUUAGACAAACCUUCAAAAUUCAAAACAAGAUGAUUCCAAACGGCUAUUUGAUCUUUGAGGAUGAGAGUUUCCUGGAUUCCACCGUGGCCAAAAUGAACGCUCUGAGAAAGAGUGGCCAGUUCUGCGAUGUUAGACUGCAGGUGUGUGGUCAUGAGCUGAUGGCUCACCGUGCUGUUCUCGCCUGCUGCAGUCCCUACCUGUUUGAGAUCUUUAACAGUGACAACGAGCCUCACGGAGUCUCGCAUGUUACUUUUGAGGACUUGGACCCGGAGGCUGUAGAGAUCUUGCUCAACUAUGCCUACACUGCCCAGCUUAAGGCAGAUAAGGAACUGGUCAAGGAAGUUUACUCUGCUGCCAAAAGGUUCAAGAUGGAACGAGUGAAACAGAUAUGUGGCGACUACCUGCUGUCUAAAAUGGAUUCCCAGAAUGCCAUCUCUUUCCGAAACUUUGCCAGCUCUAUGGGAGAUGCGAGAGUUUUGGCCAAGGUGGAUGUUUUUAUCCAGGACCAUCUACUGGAAGUGUCCGAACAGGAGGACUUCCUCAAACUUCCCCGCCUUAAGUUAGAAGUAAUGCUAGAAGACAACCUGACUCUGCCCAGCAACGGCAAGCUCUACUCAAAGGUGCUCAACUGGGUGCAGCGUAGCCUUUGGGAGAACGGAGACCAACUGGAACGUCUUAUGGAGGAGGUGCAAACGCUGUACUACUCACCUGACCAUAAGCUGGUGGAUGGAGGGCUGGUGAUAGAGGGGCACAGUGAGGUGUUUGGUGGCGAGGAGGACCACCUUCAGUUUGUGCAGAAAAAACCUGUGCGAGAGAGUACCCAGAGACAGAUGAGCUGCAGCUCCUCAGGAAGCCUGUCGCCCUCCAACCAAGCAGCUAAUGCCCCCAAACAGACGGCAAGGAGAGAAUGGAAGUACAUCGCCUCUGAGAAGACCACAAACAACACCUACCUGUGUCUGGCUGUGCUGGAUGGCGUGUUGUGUGUGAUCUUCUUGCACGGCCGCAGCAGCCCUCAGACUUCUCCCUCUGCCACCCCCUGCCUGAUGAAGAGCCUCAGCUUCGAGGCCCAGCCCGAGGAGCUCGAGGAGCAACCGCUGUCACCCAUGCAUUACGCUCGCUCUGGCCUGGGCACGGCGUCUCUGAACGGAAGACUCAUCGCAGCAGGAGGCUACAACAGAGAGGAGUGUCUGAGGACUGUGGAGUGUUACGACCCCAAAGAGGACCGCUGGACCUUCAUCGCUCCCAUGCGGACUCCGAGGGCUCGAUUCCAGAUGGCCGUGCUCAUGGGUCAGCUGUACGUGAUUGGAGGCUCAAAUGGACAUUCUGAUGAGCUGAGCUGUGGGGAGAGGUACGAUCCACAGGCCGAUGAGUGGGCUCAAGUGCCAGAGCUCAGGACCAACCGCUGCAACGCAGGAGUCUGCUCAUUAAACAACAAACUGUAUGUGGUGGGAGGCUCGGACCCCUGCGGGCAGAAGGGCCUGAAGAACUGUGACGCUUUUGACCCGGUGACCAAAACGUGGUCCAACUGUGCCUCCCUUAACAUCAGGAGGCACCAGGCUGCGGUUUGUGAGUUGGAAGGCUUCAUGUACGUGAUUGGAGGGGCGGAGUCGUGGAACUGCCUGAACACUGUGGAACGCUACAACCCAGAAAACAACACCUGGACCCUGAUCGCCCCCAUGAACGUGGCUCGCAGGGGGGCCGCCGUUGCUAUACACGAAGGCAAAAUGUUUGUCGUCGGCGGUUUCGACGGCUCUCACGCGCUCCGCUGCGUGGAGAUGUACGACCCCUCCCGCAACGAGUGGAGAAUGCUGGGCAGCAUGACGUCAUCGCGCAGCAACGCCGGGGUGGCCAUGCUGGGGGAGAACAUCUACGCUGUGGGCGGCUUCGACGGGAACGAGUUCCUCAACACGAUGGAGGUGUACAACCCCGAUACAGACGAGUGGAACGACUGCACCCAGACCCUGACUCCCCUCUCCGACUGAGGAGGGGAGAGACAGGCAGACGGGUUGGGGGGGGGGGGGGAGGGGAGUUUCACAGUGCUUCACCUUUUUCCAAACUAACAGGCUUAGUGACGUAAUCGUGUUUCGUGAUGUUCUGUGUGUAUGAGCGGAUACGUGUGGGGGGGAGGGGAGGGGGGGGGAUGAGGGGUCUUCAGUGAAGACUGGCUUAUAUUUGGCGUGCGGGGAUGAAUUGGGUUGCCCAAAAGCGACAUUGACGCCUUUGCAAAUUGCAUACGUUUGUGUGAUGUUGUACAUAUUUUGUUUCUUCCUCAUUUUUUGUCAUCUGCCAACAUUUACUACACACUUAGUGCUUUUCUUUUUCCUCCUAGAGUUGAAGGUUUGUCACUUUGUCGAGGGGGUUUUCAGAUGAGCUAGCUAUCAGUGGUCACUUGGAAGGUAGCAGGAUGGAGUGGUUACAAACUGACUUGAAGAUUCAAAGUUAUAUUUAAAGAGUAUUUCUGUGGUGGAAAUGUUUUCCUCACAUAUUUAAAAGGUCAGCGGUUUGAAGCCUUAGUGAUGAGUGCGAGUUGAUUAAAAACACCUGUCAUGGCUUUUUGUGUCAUUUUUAAAACAAGCUGGAAUUGCUUUUUUUGAAUCUUAAACAAUGGCCUUUUUUAUAUUUUUUAUACACUGCUGAUUUACCGAAAGAAGAAAACAAAAGUAGUAGCAGACGGCUUCGGUCAGUGAAUCUAACCAGUGCCAGUUUUUAGUUACGUUUUUGUGCACACACACACUACACACACAUGCACAACCAUGCUUCUGCUAACCAAACUUUUUUGUUAUUGUGAUUCAACUAAUUGAUGUAUGUAGAGAUGCAGUUUACUGAAGAUCCUUUUUUUCUUUUUAGUGUUUUAAAGUGUCGGGCAUUGGCAGAUUCUUCUGGAAGGAAUGUUAAGAGUGAGAAAAAUAUCACAUUUGUAACAUUUCUUAAUUAAUAAAUCAUUUAAAUCUA